UUUCUCUUCAGUCAACUCAAUGCAGUUCAAUCCUCUUCCUCCUGACGGUUAAGUUCUCUUAAACACAGAAAUGUUUAAACUUAAGUUAAGGCGCCAGAGUCUGUUUGCAAACUAUAAAUUACGAGACAGCUUGAAUGUAUCUCAGCACCAAGGGAAUGAUUUUGCUUUGGAAAAAGAAUGUGCCUUGAAACCGUGGAGUUCCAUGCAAGAACUUGGGUCUGAUAUCUAUGAAAUUAAUUAUGAUGAUAUAGAAUCUGAUGAUGAAUCACCGACUAUUCGCCAAUACAGCACUGAUUCUUCUUCAAAGGAUAAUGAGUUGAAUAUUAACGUUGGAGGCAAAGUUUUCCAGAUUGCCUACAUGGCUGCAGCCCGUUUUCCUAAGACCCGGCUUGGAAAAUUGGCCACUUACACGGACUCCACGAGGAAAUUGGGUUUGUGUGAUGAUUACAGUGUUCCAAACAAUGAAUAUUUCUUUGACCGUGAUCCUGCAAUCUUCCACCAUAUCUUUAACUUCUACAGGACAGGGGUUCUGUGGAUCAAAAAUGAGCUCUGUCCCAGAAACUUUCUCGAGGAGAUCCAUUACUGGGGUAUACGGAUCAAAAACAGUAAUAGGUGCUGUCGAAUCUCUUUUGAAGAGAGACAAGAUGAAUUGAAUGAGCAGCUCAAGGUCCAGCGAGAACUGCAAGCCGAGCUUGAGGUAGAGGAAGAUGAGGAGCACUUCCGAGAUUUGAAAUAUGGUCACCAGAGAAGAGUCAUCUGGAACUUAAUGGAAAAGCCAUUCUCUUCAGUAAUAGCUAAGAUGAUGGCAGUUGCUUCCAGUUUGUUUGUAUUAAUCUCCAUUGUAGCCAUGGUCUUGAACACAGUUGAAGAGAUGCAGUACACAAGCGCAGCUGGCCAGCUGAGUGGACAUACUUACAUGGAGCAUGUAGAGACCAUUUGCAUCAUUUUCUUUACUACAGAAUACCUGCUAAGAAUAAUGUCCACACCAGACAUUGAGAAAUUUGCACGGAGUGUUCUAAAUGCAGUUGACCUCAUUGCAAUCCUUCCCUUUUAUCUCCAAGUCACCUUAGAAUGUUUCGAGGAUGAAGACUAUGGGAGACACGAUCAGGAUAUUGAGAAAGUGGGCAGAGUGGGAAAAGUUGGCCAAGUGCUGAGGAUUAUGAGAUUGAUGAGAAUUUUCCGGAUUUUAAAACUUGCUCGGCAUUCCACUGGAUUGAGGGCCUUUGGUUUCACACUGAAGCAAUGUUACCAGCAGGUUGGCUGUCUUUUCCUUUUUAUAGCCAUGGGCAUAUUUUCCUUUUCUGCUCUGGUCUUCUCUGUUGAACAUGAUGUCCCACACACUAAUUUUACCUCCAUACCUCAUGCCUGGUGGUGGGCUGCGGUUAGCAUUUCCACUGUAGGCUACGGAGAUGUCUGCCCAGAAACAGUGCUUGGAAGGAUUUUUGCUUUUGGCUGCAUUGCUUUCGGGAUCAUAUUGAAUGGCAUGCCAAUCUCCAUUCUCUAUAAUAAAUUCUCAGACUACUAUUCACAGCUCAAAAGCUAUGAAUAUACAACAUCAUCAAAGCAGCGAGGAAAGAUCAAUUUCUCAGGAAGAGUAUUGAGGAAGAUGCUGGAAUGUUGUGGAGGGGUCCCACACCAUCACUUACCAAGAGAAUAAUAACUUACCCUCAGACAAUGACCUGAGUUUGAUAUAUCCUUCUUUUCUUUCUUCAGUAACCAGAAGAAAUAUUUCAUGUUUAAAAUCCAAGGGAUCAAUUGACAUCCCCGCAAAAAAAUGAGAAUAAAUGCAACCAGAAGUGCUCUAUCGGUUUCAUAGUUAACCUGCAAAGCAUGAAAUGUAGAGUAUAAAUGUUGUUAAAUAUAUUAUUAUUCAGGAUUACUUUCCACACAGUGGAUUUAAUUCAAUCAAAAAGCAAAUUCUUGGGUAAAAUGCUGUUAAAUAACAUGCCAUAGGUUUUGAGAAGUGUGAUUAUUACCAAACAGAAUGUUGCAUAGAAGAAUUGUAACAAUAGUAAGGGGCUAGGUCAUCAAUACUUUGGAAGAUUGCUACAGGAAGAGAUAAGAUUUGAGUGAUGCUUCUCAGAAAUCCUGAAAGUGGCAUUCCACAGGGAUCCUUGAUGAAGACAUUGUUAUUUAUCAUUGACAUAAAUGGUCUAGGCUUAACCUUGGAGGUACAGUGUUAAAAUUUGCAAGUGAUAUCCAAGUAAGGAUGCAGGUUAAUACUGUGGAGGUCUACAAUAAUUUAUGUGAAGGCAAAAGGGUUUACCAAAAUGUGGAUGAGCAUCAAUUAACUUUGGUGCAGUGUGGACCGUGGGAAUGUAACUUUUGGCUGAAAGAACAAAGUGCAAGUUUUUUCUUGGAAAUAGAAAUAAACAAGUUGGGCAGAGGAGCAAAGAUAUCAAGGAAUGCAGAUAACUAAAACACUAAAAGUAAUGCUACAAAUUGAAACGUCCCUAUCAAUCACAAAGUAUUGGGCUUCAUUAAUACAGGAAUAGAAUAUUAAAGCAGUUAGCUAAAGUUAACUUUAUAUUGAAUGUUAGUUAAACAAUACUUGAGAUAAAAUGCAUAGUUCUGGUCUCCAAUUUACAAACAGAUAUUAUAGAGCUGGAGGUGACACAGAAAAGAUUUUCUCAGAUGUUAACAGCACCGAAUGAAUGCAACCACCAAGAAAGAUUGAGCAGAGCAGACUGUAGUUCUUUGGAUAGGAGAAGACCAAGACAAGAUAAGACAAUUGACUUUAAAAUUAAGAAUUGGUUUAUUAUGAUGUUUAUGGAAAAACUAGGAGUCAGUAAAGACAUAAACAUAAGAUCGCUACUAAGAGAUGAGCAGUCCAAAGGUAUGCAGAUUUAGGUGGAUUAGUCAUGCUAAAUGGCCCAUAGUAUCCAGAGAUGUGUAGGUUAGGUGGAUUAAUGAUGGGAAAUGCUGGGUUACGGGGAUAGGAGGGGUCUGAGUGGGAUGCUAUAUGGGGAUCCGGUUCAGAACUGAUGGGCCGGAUGGCCUGCUUCCGCACAGUAGGGAUUCUAUAAUUUGCUAGGAUUUUAUUCGAGAUCAAAUAAAUAAUUUAGGAGACUCCUCUUCAUGCAAUAUGGUUAAAAUGUGAAACCCAAGCUAAUUUGUUGACUAAAACAAACAGCACUGAAGAGCUUAUAGACGCUCGAGUAUAUGAAUGAAAAUGGAGACAACAGAGUCAGAGAUAAUUAGAAUAUGAGCAGAUUUACAUGGGGCAUGAAUGUUAACAUUGACCAAUUGGAAUAGAUUGUUCCUGCGCUGUAUGUAUCUGUAUGUAAGUUCCUGUAAAUUUCAAUA